AUGGAGGGAGACCAUGGCUUGUUACUUCUUUCCCAUCUGCCAGCCUUUGGUACUAAUCAGCUUUUACCGAAUAGGGGACCGCCAGAUCUUGCCGCGCUGAUACAUCGACAUUAUCGUGCAUUCCAAUUUCCCGCGUUCCUAACAAACCCUGACUGGACAUGGAAGAAGGCCACAACCGAAGUUAUCGCAUUGCAAAAAGCGUUCCCUCCAAUCAAGGAAGACCAAGAAUGCAUGCUGGCCAUGGCUGCUUGGUUCCAUUUCCUUUGCAAUGUCGAUGAUGAGAUUGAACAAAUGGAUAGCUCAGGGAGAAGUUUGAUACUUGAACGGAUCAUCGAAGCACUACGCGAUAUCAGCUUAGACCGACUUCGUCAGAUGGAACAUAUUAAGCCGAAACGGGAUUUUAUGGAUAUUCUUCAAAGGGUAAACAUGAGCUUGCAUCGCAAAGUCCCGCUCACGACGCAAGAAAGGAUGGAUAUCAGCAAUGUUCCCGAAGCAUAUUUUGAUAUUGUGGAUCAACAACCGACAAUCAACGACGACGUUGUGGAAAGCAGACAUGCAAAAGUAAUCGCACUUGCAAGUAACUUCAUUCGGCAAUGUCAAGCGGUCAUAUCACCUGAGACUCUUCCCAAAGUUUUUGCUGAGGUUAUCAACGUCGUAGAAGCAUUGAGGGAUGAAUCUGCUUACCGGGAGAGC